AUGAGUGGGCUUUUGAAAGAAGCUUUUAUGCUUACACCGCUGAACCGUAACCAGCAUUCCAUGGCUCACUGGACAUCAACAUCUCAAGAGUAUGCCCCACAGGGCGGCAAGGCUCAGCCCACGACCCCUGCUCGGCUGGACCCAGAAGCCAAGACUUUCACUAAUCCAGUAUUCGAGGCCGUCUCGCCAGGAGGGUACCGUCGUGUGUUCUCUCUUGGCUAUCUCAUAUUAUGUACUCUGGUAUAUUUGUUGUGUUUGUUCUUUGUCAACAUUCUAGCCCGAAAGAGGCUUAGCUUAGACCCAGACGUUGCUUAG